AUGUCUCGGUCAAGAGUGUCGCUAACAGUGGAUUCAGCAUUUGACAAGAAGACGCUACUUCUUUACGUCUUCAUUCAUCAAGAUUUCAGACUCCGGGUUGUUCCAUUCUACAAAGCACCCGUCGAACUGGUGACAGUUCUACAGCUCGUGAAAGGCCCCUCUACCUCUGCAUCUACCUCCGACAUAUCCUGGAAGUCUCCUGAGGACCUUUCCUUGACACCGGACAAUCAGAACGGCAAAACAAACCACGCAAAGGCAGAUGUUUUGGAGACGGAACCAUCGACGCCUAACAAAGGGAAGAAGAAAGUGCUGUUCACCAGCCCAACAGAUGAUAGGAAGAAAACGCCGGCACUGCCCACCGAGAAUGCUUUCAGUGUUCUUGCUUCUCCCUCUCCAUGCCCUGUCCCAGAAGCAAAGGAUAACAAAGAGCGAUACUAUAUUCAGUCACAAAAUGAUCUCUACCAGACGAACGAGUGGAUCAAAUUCCUCAUGCCUUGGGGAAUAGGAGGGUUACUUAUGGUUGUCUGGCAAUUCGCGGUCACUUUGCUAUGCGUUGCCGGCUCAAGUUGGUACGACUUCCUGACCGGCAACUCGAGGAAGACAGAUGCGACAUGUGACAAGGUUCUUGGAAAGAAUGAUAAGGGUGUCGCGUUGGGCGUUGAUUGA